AAUGGGGUCGGAUCGCAGCGCACGCACCUGAAACCCACGGUCCAGGGCUCGCCGCGGAGUUCCGUUCUGUCCCGCCUCCAGGUUAGCUCCAUCCUCGGUUCCCCACCCUCUCGCCCAGCUCCCCAAGUUCCCGACCUUGACGUCUGCAGAACAAAAUGGGCACAGUCAAGAAUGUUUCAGACGAAAUAGAGCAGCUGCUCCAACCCUACAACUUCGAGGGGUUACAGUACAUGAGACCCUAUUUGGAGAAGUACUGGGCAGCCUCAUUUCCCAUAGCUCUGAUCUACCUGCUGUUCAUCUUUGUGGGGCACAACUACAUGAAGGCACGGAAGGGCUUCAAUCUGCAGGGGCCUCUCUUCCUUUGGUCUUUUUGCCUUGCAAUCUUCAGUAUCCUAGGGGCACUGAGGACGUGGAGCCUAAUGGGGAUCUUGAUACGUAGGUAUGGCCUAAAGCACACUGUGUGCUACAGCAACUUCAUCAACACUUCUGUAGUCAACUUCUGGUCCUCCCUCUUUGUUCUCAGCAAGAUCAUUGAAUUUGGAGACACGGCCUUCAUCAUCCUGCGUAAGCGGCCACUCAUCUUUGUGCACUGGUACCACCACAGCACAGUGCUAGUGUUCACAAGCUUUGGAUUCAAGAGCAGGUUGGCUACAGGCGGCUGGUUCAUGACCAUGAACUAUGGUGUGCAUUCCCUCAUGUAUACCUAUUACGCUCUGAAGGCUGCCAAAGUGAAGCCCCCCAUGUGGUUUCCCAGGCUCAUCACCACCCUGCAGAUCCUGCAGAUGUUUAUGGGAAUCAAUGUCACCAUCCUGACUUACAUCUGGAAACAGGAACAGGGAUGCCAAACCACAACGGAACAAAUCUUCUGGUCCUCCGUGGUGUAUAUGACCUAUUUCAUCCUCUUUUCCCACUUCUUCUACCGAACCUACAUAGUGCCCAAGGUUAAAGCCAAGGCCAAGAGCAAGUAGAGGGUUGGAGAAAAAGAAGAAGCUCCAGGUUCUGUCCUCCCUCAGGGCACUGAGGGGCUUGGUUUAGGUUUGGGAGAAUAAUUAGGAUGCCUCCCCUGCAUGGUUUCCCCACAGGAUGUGUGCCCCACGGCGGCAGGAAGUUAUGACAGACAAGAAACAUCAACCCUGGGAAAGGGAUGUGAUCUAGUACUUUGAGGUUUCUGUUUCUAAUGUGAAUGCUAAGCAGGCCCUGGGAUGGGUCUGGGACUGAGAAGGAU